UUUUUUUUUUUUUUUUUUUUUUUUUUUUUUUUUGUGUUUUUCUUUCGAUUUGGAAUGCGAAACAACCAGCUCACAGCGUCCGGCUAAAGCGGCGCAUGGAGAAUAAUAAUAAUGAUGAUAAUGAACGGAUAAUAAGAGAAUGCGAAUACGCGAAAUGAAAAAGGAGAGAAAUGAGAAGAGAGAAGAGAUUAGAAAAGCGCAAUUCCGGCGUUGAUGAAGAUCGGCCGAGCGAAGAUAUGGAUGGGCUCGUUUUUUCCCUAUUCUUCCUACUGUCCGGUCCGAAAGUGAUUGAUAUGUAUGAACGGGUUGAAAGCAAUGACCACCCACAGGUAUUCCCGUUCUUGCUAUUAUUAUGCCUGAAGAAAUGAUGAGAAGCACGACGACAAUGCGAUCUGUCUAUCCGCUGUUGUUUUCUUUUCUUUUUUCUUUUUUUUCUCUCAAAAUUUUCCCUCUGGUCCUCAGCUCAGGGGCUCGACCUUUGCUCUCCCCCCCGAAUCGUGGCGUGUGGUUGGUUGCGCUAGACUUAGUGACCGUAUUUUUAGGCUCGGAGGGGCUCAUUUUCAGGGGAAGCUCAUCCGGAGUCGUGCUCGACUGGACAUCCGGAGUAUGGCUUUUACUCUACCGUAUUGAACAAUACGAUAUCCACUCUUAACGCUCCUGCAGCCUCGUUCCUCCCCCAGAUCGAUCAAUGAAUUCAUCCCCAGCGCGCAACAUUCAAUAGUCCGACUCUAAAAAGUG